AUGACUGACCACAAACCCAACCUGCAGCAGCCCACCGAGGAGCUUGGGGGACAGCCGCGUGGCCUUGCAAGUAGCCGCGCGAUCAUCCCAGAUAAUCGGAGUGCCUCGCUGUACACCACAACCCCGUCUUCUACCGACGACCACGAAAGACCUCCUAACUUCUGGAAUCCACCAAGUGUUGAGGGAGAGUCUCGUGCACCCAGGGUCCAGCCACUUCAUUUAUCGAAGACUAGAGUCCGUUAUCCAAAACUCUCGUUGCGCCCACCCGCCUUGAGACAACGUACCUUCGAGACCGACUCAAUUGGCAGCCGCAUACCAAGGGCUAAACCCCGAGAUAAAAUACCCUCACCUGUCCGAAUCGCUCACUCCGUUUCUGAGAGGUCCAUUAUCACCGCGACUGUUCCUGUGCGAGAGUCAAAGCGAACCUCGAAGGGUCGAGUUGCAAAAGUCAAAACCCUGAUUCGUCGGGUCUUCGUGUGUGAGGCAGAGGCCAACUUGUCCAAAUUUCACUCGUCGCAAAAGGGGCCCCUCGUCGAGUCUACAUCGGGCAUUCCCCUUUCCCCUUUCUCCGCCCUCAGAUUGCAAUCCAAUCAGAGCGAAAGUGAAGAAGAAGAGAUAAGACCCCCACGACUUCGCAGAGUCCCACGGUUUCGCAACCUCACUUCUCCUGUGUCUACAUCGCAACUCAAGCCCACCCAAAAGGAAGAGCGACUAAGCAGCCUCCCUGUUCUGCGCCCUAAUUCGCCCACACUUACUUCACUCGCGCCUACUUUCCCCGCGCCUACUUUCCCCGCGCCUAUUUUCCCCGCGCCUACUUUCCCCUCGCCUACUUUGCCCGCGCCUACUUUGCCUGCGCCUACUUUGCCUACGCCUACUUUGCCUGCGUUUACUUUCCCCGUGCCUAGUUUGCCUGCGCCUACUUCGCCCAUACCUACUUCGCAACCCAACCCGAGCGAAACAGAAGUGGAGCAAACAAGCUACGCUCUCGCAAAAAUGGAUACACGUGAUUCCUUGUUUUUGGAUCCCGCAGUGGCGGCCAUCACCAAACACAAGGCGGAAGCAAUUAAGCUGGCCCGGGAACAGGGUGUGGCUGUUCAAGAGAUGUGUCGCCGUGCAGACACCGAAGUUCCGCCAUAUGAAUUUGAAGAGCUCAUCGGCAAAGGCGCUUACGGUCGUGUCUACAAAGGCAUCCAGAAAUCGACAGAUCGGGUUGUCGCCAUCAAAGUUCUGGAUAUUGAUUCAUUGGAUUACAGCGCCAUCCGAGAUCUUAGAGAUGAGUCUAUCAAAGACUUUAUCCACGAAACCAAGGUGAUGAAGCAAGUGAAGGAUUCCGGGGCUAAAAACAUCAACGAGCUCAUUGAAGCGAUCUCAAUGCAUUCUCAGCUGUGGCUCGUUUGUGAAUAUUGCCCAGGUGGCAGUGUACGUACAUUGAUGCGCGCGACAAACGACAAGCUCGACGAAAAAUUUAUCAUCCCAAUUGCUCGGGAGCUGGCCAUUGGUCUCCGUGCUAUCCACGAGGCUGGCGUCAUCCACCGUGAUAUCAAGGCCGCAAACAUCCUCGUGCAUGAAGAGGGCCGUCUUGAAAUUUGUGACUUCGGUGUUGCUGGUAUACUUCAGUCCCAGCGAGAUAAGAGAUCGACGUGGAUUGGUACGCCGCAUUGGAUGCCACCUGAGAUGUUUGCCACCCGAGGAGAGGCUCACCGAUAUGGGAGUGAGGUUGAUGUUUGGGCAUAUGGGUGCACAUUAUUCGAGUUUGCCACUGGAAAUCCACCAAACUCAGGCCUGCGAGACCGCAUGCACAUCGGUCGUCAGCUGAAUCGGAAAACCCCUCAACUCGAGAAAGAUGGAUACAGCCAGGGCCUUAAGGACCUCAUUGCUUUCGCGCUAGACCCGAAUCCAGAGACCCGCCCCAUGAUGAAGGAUAUUCUCGCUCAUCCCUACAUUGCCAACACCGAAGAGGGGUACCCCACCGAGUCUGUCACUGAACUGAUAAAGAAUUACUACCAAUGGUCUCAGAGGGGUGGCCAGCGUACUUCCUUGUUCCAACCAGGCGGAGCAGCUGCAGCAGAACUUCCAGGUGUGGACGAUUUCGGCGAAGACUGGAGCUUUAGCACAACCGAUGGAUUUCAAAAAAGGUUUUCUGUCGUUGACUUAGACCAGAUCGCCGCCACCUUGGCUCGGAUGGAGCAGCCUCCCAGUCCCACCAGUCACUCGCCCGAACCCGACACGAAUGAAGAGCUCUCGGAAGGCGCACUCAACUAUGAAGACAAGCUGAAUUUCGAUGAACGAGUGCGUCGUGGUGCCGAGGCAAUGGAAGGACUAUUUGACGGAGAAAAACCAAUUUACAAAUACGAGACGAAGAAUGACUUUGUUCCAAUUGAAAUGGCACAGCCCACCUCGGAUCUCCCCCUUCGUGCAGACACAGAUCGAUCCUCCGUCACCUCCACAUUCCUUGAUAUCGAUAUCGGAUCCUUUGAGGCCUCACAUUAUGCGGCAGGAGCUCCAUCUGCACAGCCUUUCCAGCUGGUCGACGCUGACACGAUACGCGCAACUCGCUCCAGUAUUCGACCCCACAGAAACUCAGACGAUGACAGUUCUAGGUCUUCUGAGGGCAGCGUUGCCGAUAACUCCAGCCACAAUCCAAAUCUGGAUGAUACUUUUGUCCCAUCCGGCCCACGGCCCCCAACUAUGGAUUGGAAAUUCCCAUCCUUUGGGCCCCCUGAAGACGACCCACCAGAGGAGAAGGAGCAGCCUACAGCAGCUCCCAUUGAGGAAGAUUCUGUCCGAGCCGAGAAGCGCGCAACCAUGCAAUGGACGUUCCCUGUCAUGGGAUCCGUCCCUGACAGCCAGGUUUACGAAGAUCGACAUGAUACUCUCCGAGCCCCGCUCCCUGCGUUAUCUGAAGCCACGGCAAGCCCGCCAGAGUCCAAGCAUAAGCCUAAUGAGGCUCGCCCUUCUACCUCCGCCUCAAAUGUGUCGGAUUCAGACUAUGCAAAUAACUCCGAUUCAGAGUACGAUCCAUUCCGGUUCGAUCGCCCUGACACCCCACCAGGCACAUCAUCUCUUCAUCAUAGUCACUUCUUUGAAACGGUGAUUCCAAGAACGAAACGAUCCGUUGGCUAUACCGAAUCCGAAAGUUCCGGGCUUCUUGAUGGCCCAGGGCCCGACGAAGAAUCAAACCCGAUAUGGAAACAAUACGAGAACUCUGGAUACUUCUCUGAUGCCCUCGCAGCAGCCGAUCCUUCCCCGAGCUCUCCACCAACCGCUAUCCAAACCCCCGAAACCCCUACUGCCGCCUCCGUUACCUCAGGACCGGUCUCAGAGCCGGGUUCCCCCGUCCUUGACGCUGUUCGCCCCACCCGCGACGAAUCUUUCUCUUUACCCCACCCGUGGAUUCCUCGUGUCCCAACUGAUGAUAGCCAUGUUGAUGCCUACCCGCCAUCACCAGCCGGAUACCGCAGGAUUCUCUUCCCAUCUUUGGCACCCCCGAGUGCUGCAAGCCUGAUGGAAGGGGCUGAUGAUGCUACAAUGACCGCAGAGCUCGAAAGACUGCUGGAUGACUUUACCAUGGGUCUCUCUGCCACUGGACAGGCCUUGGCUGGAUUUGACAUGGACCAGGACACUCGAGGUGGUCCUGGCCGGGGGGCGAAUUAG